AUGCAUCACACAUCAUUCGCCUUCCUAAGCAGCCUAGUGCUCGCCACCCUGACAUCUGAAGCACCCGUGGCCGAGCCACAAGCUCAAGUCGCCCCAUCGACCACACAAGAACCACUACAGGACUACACACCCCAUCAACAAACCCCCCAGGAUGUCGUCACCAUCGACAGCCUAGGCUUCCACGGAAGCGCAAGCAAUCCCCAUAACAGCACCUGUAAUGCCACAGACACAGCAUGCGUCACCGGUGUCCAGCCCGCCUCAGCUUCAAAACGUGACUCCGAACUCCAACCCACUCGGAUCACCGAAGAAGCAGCACCAGAAGCAGAAUUCGUGUUCACGCGAGAAGCAGCACCUGAAGAAGCCCACGAGCGACGGCAAUCCUCGACUCUGCAGCAGGCAACUGAUGCUCUUGGAAUCACAGAAUUAAGGAAUUCAACGAACCCGGUUUCAAAUGCGAACACGACAACGACGCCUCAGCCUUCAAACAAUCAUCCUGCCCCGGGUGGUGUCUGUAGGGCGUCUGAUGUCAGUUGUGUGGUAGGGAAGGUGAAGGGGAAAUUUGUGAGGGAUUUGAUGAGUAGAUUCCAAUAA